AGCCACCAGUAGUAGUCUUCUACUGACUACUCCACACUCCAUGCGUAACGUGCUCUUCAUGUGUUCUCUAAAAAAUACAAAGUAGAUUAGUUUGAAAAAAAUUUGAAACCAAAUUUAGACCUUUUAAUUUUUCGUCUAAUUGGAAAAAUUAAGACUCUACAAAUUGUGUUUUUUGUAAUUAUUAUUCAUAAAAUGUGUUAUAAACAAAUGCAGAAUAACCAGAGUGCAAGAAAGUUCAAAAGGUGAUAGAUCCUCCAGUGAAAAUGUUGUAGAUCAUGAGGGAUUGUGAAAAAGUGAUCUUGAAUUUAGGAAUUAGAAAUAUUUUUUUUCGUCAAGAGUGGAUCAGUUGCAUCACGUCUCAACAUCCUCGAAGAAGUCAUUAACUCAUUAUAUCAAACGGAAGAAGGCUAAAAAUGCCGAGAUAGUAGAGCCGGAUUAUGUGCGGUGCUUUUGAAAGUCUUUUACAGCAAGCUAAUAAAACCAUUAUUGGCAAUGCUAAUAAAGAUAAGAACUAAUAGGGAGAACAGAAAGAGAAAAAGGUUCCUGAAGACGUUGAAUCUCAUUCUCAUAAAGAAUUGUUGCUAUAUCAAAAUUCUAUAAGAGCUUUGAUAAAAAGCCUAAAUAAGAGAGAUGAUGACCAAUAAUAACUUAGAGCUGAGAAAGGUGAACUCCAGUUUUCUCAAUGAUGAUAAAAUUGCAUCAGAGCAGGAAGAUGCCAGGAUGAAUUUGAAUUUGAGGGAGGAUCUCCCAGGUAAAUUGAGCAAGUCGACACAAAUAGAUGUUUCCCAAUUGGCUUGGAAGACACCCUAUGGCCAGAGAUCAAGACCAUUAUCAACGGGUCAGUUGUCAAGACAGAAUCAAUUCGGUGACUCGAAUUAUGCGGGUUAUAAUGCAAGAUAUGGAAUUUCUUCAGCUCAAAGUGAAGUGAUACUUUCGCAGCGGAGUAGGAAUCAAAAUAAAUAUGUUGCUAUCGAUAUGAUGAGACUGAUGCCGGGUUCACAAUCAGGACAUUUUUUGGCUAAUAAUUCUGGUUGCAUGUGUUGUUGUGCUUGCAAUGGUCCACAAAAACCUACUGGAUUUAGUGCAGAUACUAUGGAGGAACAAGAUGGACCGGAAGGACUCUCUUGGAGAAGACUUCACAUGAGCAGAGCUAAACUCAAAGCCACUGCGACUACUUCUGAACUUCUGAGUGGUUUCGCAAUGGUGGCGAUGGUGGAAUUACAAAUAAAUACGCCAACAGAGGUGCCUGAAUGGCUGUUUGUCAUGUUUGCUGUCUGUACAACUGUGCUAGUUUCCGUUCACAUAUUUGCCUUGAUGAUCAGCACGUAUCUUCUGCCGAAUGUGGAAGCAAUUAGCAAACUUCAAGUCGCCAGACUCGUUACGGAAUCGCCGCACGAACGAAUGAAAGGCUUUAUUGAACUCGCCUGGGCAUUUUCGACAGUAUUGGGCCUCUUCCUGUUCCUGGUGGAAGUUGCUAUUUUGUGCUGGGUUAAAUUCUGGGACUAUUCUUUCACGGCUGCGAUGGCCAGUACUGUGAUCGUCAUUCCUGUACUUAUCGUUUUCGUUGCAUUUGCAGUACAUUUUUAUCAUUCUUUGGUUGUUUAUAAAUGCGAGGCGUCCGUGACAGAUAUGAAUGAGUUGGAAAACAUGAAAAGGAAGUUGGACGACGUAACUACCAACCAAAGUAGCAGUGUGUAAAUGCUAGUAAUUUUUAACUUUGAAUAUCGAAUCGCUGAUUUAGUCAAUCUGAGGUGCUGCAAUAAUGUCUGUGAGAAAACAAAUUCCGAAAGUCCACUUCCAAAAGAUUAGAAGUGGAGCAGUCUGAAAAUGUAAUAUUUAUACAAUUUAUCUGUAAUAUAAUAAUGUAUUAAAAAGUACUUAAACUUUUCGUAA